CGAUUUACUGAUUCUGAUUCCAGUGCGGUUUAUCAUUCAACAGGCGAUAGCGAUCUAAAACAGCUUUAUAAUGUUGCUUCGUUCGGUACAGAAAAGCGCGGUGCCUCGACUUUUUAGGGCCAUGUCUACGCGUGAAGCGGAACAAACGGUAAUCUGCGAGGAAUUCGGACGGGACAAGGGAGUUAUUACCUUGAACCGGCAGAAAGCACUGAAUGCGAUCAACUUGGACAUGGUACGACAAAUCUAUGCCGCUAUGAAGAAGUGGCAGGAUAAUAAAAACCUCGUCAUAAUUAAAGGUGCCGGAACGAAAUCUUUCUGUGCCGGUGGUGACGUGAGAACGAUCGUAGAAAGUGGAGCCGUUGAAUCAUCUAGAAACUUCUUUCGGGAGGAAUAUCGGCUGAAUGAGUUGAUAUCUUCUUACCGACCAGAUUACGUUGCCAUCAUCGACGGAAUUACUAUGGGCGGUGGAGUUGGAUUGUCCGUACAUGGCAAGUAUCGAGUAGCGACCGAGCGGACCAUGUUUGCUAUGCCAGAGACCGCCAUAGGUUUAUUUCCUGAUGUCGGUGGGGGUUACUUCCUACCACGAUUGCAAGGUAAACUAGGGUUAUAUUUGGGGUUGACUGGAUUUCGCUUGAAAGGUAUAGAUUUAGUUCGUGCUGGAAUUGCGACACAUUUUGUGGAAAGUAAAAACCUUGAAGAUCUUGAAAAGGCGCUGGUAGCUACGAGCAACGCGACCGACGUAACCAAAGUUCUACAAAAAUUCAAUUCGGAAAACAAUUCGGAGUUUGUGUUGCAAAAGAAUUUGCAGCAAAUUGAGAAAUGCUUCAAUGCUGCAACAGUCGAAGAUAUUUUUGCAAACUUGGAAAAAGAGGGCAGUGAAUGGGCUCUGAAAACGUUAAAUACAUUAUCCAAAAUGUCUCCCACAUCGUUAAAGGUCACUAAGAAGCAGCUGGAUCUGGGUUUACAAAAUGAUCUGCGCAGCUGUCUAAAGCUAGAAUUCCACAUGGCCGUCCAUAGUGUCAUCAAUAGCGAUUUCAAGGAAGGUGUUCGUGCCCUGCUGAUCGACAAAGAUCAAGCCCCAAAGUGGAAUCCGGCAAAAUUAAACGAUGUAACCACUGCUACGGUUGACCGGUUCUUCGGUCCGCUGCCCGAUGGCGAUGAACUUGUUUUCGACGAUGAAGUAAAAUCAAAUUUGUAAAUUGCUAAUGUGAUCGAAAAUUGAGAAUUUCACCUCAACCAAAAGUGCAUUUAUAAACGCAAAGCGUACAUAUUAAGCAAGUGCUAAUAUUGCUGUUUUACAAUAAACUU